AGGUGAUCAACUCGCGGAUGCAGCGCAAGGAGUAUUUGAGAAGGAGGGACUUCGAGAUCGGGGCUGUCUUGUCCAGGGCGGUCGGGCCAGUGAUUGUGCUGGGUCUAUGGUUGCUCAUCGGGUUCGAAGUGCACGCCUUCUACACCGUUGCCCUGCCGUGGUUUGCGUUCGGCAAGCCCUUGAGACUAGUUUGCAGUGUGCUGGCAGGUUUUUUUCCAGUGCGGAUCUACAUGGAUUACGCGUUGACGACGUUUACAGAUCCUGGCAGGCCAGCUCGGCUUCCAAGACAGCGAGCAACCAGUACCAGGUACGCCACAGUGCGAGCGGACUUGCGCCAUAUGUUUAAAGUAUGUGAUAUCUCUUUCUCUCUCCAGGCGUAUCGAGCAUCGCUGUGUCUGCCUGUCUGCGUUUCCAUUCGGUACACGCUCGCACCAUCCAGGGCAAAAUGUAGAAAAGGAAAUGACGGAGGCCGUCAGGCCAGGACGGUCGGUAAACAGCCUCCUAUAGUGCGUCUUAUGGGGAUGCCUAGUGGCCUCUUGCGGAGAGCCCAGGGGCAGCAUUACCAACGAGGAGAGUGAGGGGGGAGAGAAGCGUGGCCACUGCCACCGCCACCGCCACCGCCAUCAGCACCCUCCCUCCUCUGCAUCCUUCUCCUUCCCUUGCUCCUCGCACCCUGCCCCCGCUCCACGGCACGCCUGGACGGUUGGCAUAUCAGCUGGUCACGCGGCCCACUUGCGAGGGCGGGGGGUCGAUCCAGGUGCCCGAGGUGACACCGCCGCCGUGCCACCCGACCACUCGUGGUUGGCGACCCUUCGAGCACUGCCAAGACGGGCCAUCACGUGUGACACCUCUCGCCUCCAGUUCUGAGAGGAGCUCUCACGAGGAUUGCAGUAUCUCUGCCAGGCAGCACUUGGCAUCCUACAGCGCCUCAACGUGCCAAGAUGUACGGUGGCGGAUCCCAAACGACGCGGCGAGUUCACACGUUGAUGAUAUGCCUUCCAUUGGUAGAACCAGGUUUUCCAUUGAGUGCAGAGCGUCAUUUCGCCAACGCCCCACUGUUCAAAUGUGCUGACGUGAACAUCUGGGCCGAUUUCUUGGCAAAUGUCCAUGCGUGAUGGAAGUGCAGUGGCUGGUUGAGAACGUCUGAACAAUCAUGGGUGUUGUCAAUUGCGACUACGCAUGUAACUCGAUUGAGUAACAGAUUUCUGUGGUCACUGAGUUAGACGAUCAUUCCAUGCACAAGUCACGAAUCCGUAGCAGCAACAUGUUGCUGUUAUUGUUGAGGCGUGGUUCCUGGCAGUCACACAAGCACUUCCCAGAUGGAAUAUGCAAACCGUAUGCAUCAACGAGUGCGCGUCGUAUUCCCCAGACAGCGGUUACACUUAGCACUUGUCUUCUAAGGAACUGGGCCUG